AUGGUUGGACGUCUGGCUGGCAAAAACGCCAUCAUCACCGGUGCCGCGGGCGGCAUUGGCCUCGAGACGGCCAUUCUCUUCGCCAAAGAGGGCGCCAAUGUCCUGCUGGCCGACAUCUCCGAGCCCGCCCUGGAAAAGGCCGUCGCCAAGGUCAAGGAGCUCGUCCCCUCAGCCCCUCGCCUGGAGACCCGAAAAUGCGACGUCUCCAAAGAGGCCGACGUCCAGGCCAUGAUCGAGUCCCUCGACGCCUGGGGCGGCCUCGACGUCAUCUUCAACAACGCCGGCAUCAUGCACGCCAACGAUGACGACGCCAUUAACACCCCCGAGGCCAUCUGGGACCUCACCCACAACAUCAACGUCAAGGGCGUCUGGUUCGGCUGCAAGCACGCCGUCCUGGCCCUGCGCCGCAACAACAAGACCAAGGGCUCCGUCAUCAACACCGCCUCCGUCGUCGCCCUCGUCGGUGCUGCCACGCCCCAGCUGGCCUACACGGCGUCAAAGGGCGCCGUGCUGGCCCUGACGCGCGAGCUGGCCAUGGUGCACGCCCGCGAGGGCUUCCGCUUCAACAGCCUGUGCCCGGCGCCCCUGAACACGCCGCUGCUGCAGGACUGGCUGGGCGACGACAAGCCCAAGCGCCAGCGCCGCGAGAUUCACUUCCCGACUGGAAGAUUUGGCGAGGCGGUGGAGCAGGCGCAUGCGGUGGUGUUUUUGGCGAGUGACGAGGCGAGCUUUGUGAAUGGAAGUGAUUUUGUGGUGGAUGGCGGUAUGAGCAAGGCGUAUGUGACGGCCGAGGGACCUGCGGCACCGGCGCCGACGAACAAUGCUUCAAAGACGUCUUUGGACUAG